ACAGAUCUCAGCAACCCGCAGGAGCAAAAGAAGAGCGAUGCUUACACUGAUGACGCAACAAUUAGCAGAUAUCAAGAGAGCGUUUGAAGAUCCCCUCCGAAGUUUGGAUCCCGACUCCUCCCUGGUUCGUCUAAGUUCGAAGCUCCUGGACGGCAUCACUCGUAGCACUACACAAGAUGAGGGAGAAGAGAGCAAAUCCAGCACAUAUGAAGACAGCAAGCAGAUUCUGGCAUAUGAAACGGGGAAAAUACCCAUCAGUCACAGAGGUUUCGCAAUCGCAAAUGCAUUGAGCUUAAGAAGAAAAACCUUGCCAACAAUACAACGGCGUCAACCCUCCAAAACGUUCGACUCCAUCGACGAAAUCUUAAUGCCACUCAAAUCUCCCACGUUGCCGAAACUCCGAGGUAGAUCGUUGAGCCGAAUGGCGCCGCAACAAAGUCGAGAAGUGCUCACACUGACACCCCUACGUACGGUUGAUGCAGCUGACAAAAGUAACAUAGUUUAUCAGCCGCGCUCCUUGGCUUUGGUGGCGAAAGUUGGGGAGACACAAACGAUGCCGCAGGCAGUAACGGCCGCAUUGAAACAAAAGGCAGUAACGAGUAAAGAAAAAGAAAAAAUAACACAUGAAGCCUUGGAGAGUGUAUUAGAAGUGCACAGUCCAGUGGGAGUGAGCGAAACAUCGGAAUUUACAGGGGUCCAGACGCAAAUGAUGAUGACAGAGCCGACGAAGCAACGUGGGUCAAGCGUGACGAAGGAGCAAACAAUAACCGAUUUGCAUCCGGUUCAGGAAAUGGAACAGAGCAUGCAUGAUGUCGUUCCAACAAUUGUGGCUACAGCACCAACUUCAGAUACAAUGAAGUCAGUCACUCCAAAGGCCGGUACUCCGGUAGAAGAAAGCAGCCCGGUACCCGAAUGGCACGCACUAUCUACAUCUAAACUGGUAUCAAGUACAGAGUCCAUUGCACCGCAUGAAACGAGUGAAAGGCUGAAAGCCAGGAUAGGAGUGACAGAAGCGAAAUUUGAAAUCGAACCAACGAGUUCAGAGCCGGUUACCGAGUUCGAUUCAAUGCAUAAGGUAACCGGCGUAUGGACUUGGUUGGAUAACAUGCUGGCGGCAACAGCUCGAGGAACCACAAGACCCCAUUCAGUAUUGAAGUCGGUUAGACUGGAAGCAAAGAAGAGAGCCAUGCGUGGAUACGAAAUGACAAAACCAAUAAAAAUGAUAGCUAUGCUUGAAGAAAAGGUGGCACGUCUGCAGCAUUUGGUUGAUGAUAUAGAGGAGACCGAAAGCUGGCACCCAACCAUGUUGCGCGCGGAGUCAGACAGAUCAGGUGAGAGAAGAACAUUUUCUCUGGAUGAAGAAUCAUUCAUUUCCAUAUCUCAAAGAGAGGAGAAAAGGACAGUCGACGUAGCGACUUUCGGUAGAAAGAGAGGAGAAACGAGAAGACGAGUUCAGAGCCGCAAGGAUGUCCAAAUGGCUGUAGGCUUAAAGAGCAUUACACAGCCUUCUCUCGCCAAAGUAGGUGCAAAGUCAUACGGACGUGGACGUCACUUUGCGGACAGUAUCAUCAGCACAGAAACCCCAACUGCUGACAUGAGGGCAGCUACCAAAUAUUUGCAAGCGGUGAUGCCACCGGGACACUUGACACGAUUGUUAGCUGAAAUUCGUGACGAGAAGGGUUCACCCGACGCCGUCGCUAUGUUGGAACGGGCGUUUACACAGGCUGCUCGGAGGACACCAGAAGCUCAGGAACAACUGUGA